CCGUCAAUUUGUAAUGGAAUUUCAAUCAACUUAACAUCAUUGUCUGACAGUCAAAUUGAAUUCGAGUUUACAGACAAUUUACUGUUAACUUAAAGGUAACAUUUUCCUUUAAGCUCGUUUUAUAAUACAGUAGUAACUCUCUUUUCGGGAAUCUGGCUAUCCGGACUUGACUUGACCAUGGAAUACACUUUGAGUGUCACUGCUUCAUAGUUCUGGAAACAGCUGAUUUGUUUAAUCAUUGAUCACUGUUAUGACCACAUGUUGGUGAUACUAAACAUGUUUGCUUAAUGAAAUAUCUUAUAAUUCUUGAGAAUUUUUCGCUCUCGUAAAGUUUUUAUUAACACAUUACGUGAUAGUUAAAAUAAGACUUUAAUGGAAUUUAACAAUUCGAGUCAUUAUAAUUUUUUGUAAAUCAUCAAAUUUUUUAAGUGAAAAAUAAGAUGGCUGACCGUGAUAGUGCAUCCGAAAGCGACUCAAGUUCUAUAGACGGAGGGCCAAUUAUGAUGCCUCCGUCACCGAUAACUCGGGAGCAAUUGCAAAAGCGUAUAGAAUCUCUCCAACAGCAUAACCGAGUAUUGAAAGUUGAACUUGAAACUUAUAAACUUCGAGUGAAGGCUCUUCAAGAAGAAAAUCGUGGACUCCGACAGGCUUCAGUGAUCAUUCAAGCCAAAGCAGAACAAGAAGAAGAAUUCAUCAGUAAUACUUUAUUAAAAAAAAUUCAAGCUUUAAAAAAAGAAAAAGAAACAUUAGCUCAUCAUUAUGAGCAAGAGGAAGAAUGCCUAACUAAUGAUUUAUCAAGGAAAUUGAAUCAGCUAAGACAAGAAAAAUGUAAAUUAGAGCAAACUCUAGAGCAAGAGCAAGAGUGUUUAGUGAAUAAGUUGAUGCGAAAAAUUGAAAAAUUAGAAGCUGAAACUUUGGCAAAACAAAGUAAUUUGGAACAGUUACGUAGAGAAAAAGUUGAAUUGGAAAAUACUUUAGAACAAGAACAAGAAGCAUUAGUGAAUAAGCUAUGGAAAAGAAUGGAUAAAUUAGAAGCUGAGAAAAGAAUGCUUCAAAUAAAGUUAGAUCAACCAGUUUCUGAUCCAACUUCUCCAAGGGAAAUAAGCAAUGGUGAUGCUGCAACAAAUCUUAGUACACACAUUCAAACUCUUAGAAGUGAAGUCGCAAGAUUGAGACACACUCUCUUAAUGUCACAACAAGAACACACCGAAAAAAUGCAGCGCUAUGUCAAUGAAGAAAAACAUAUAAAAGAAGAAAAUUUGAGACUGCAGCGGAAAUUACAGUUGGAAGUCGAACGUCGGGAAGCUCUUUGUAGACAUUUGUCAGAAUCUGAAUCCAGUUUAGAAAUGGAAGAAGAACGUCAUUAUAAUGAGAUUGUUAUGUCAGGCAGCAACAUAAGGAACCGAACAGUAUCAAGUCCAAUACCACACAAUCCGUCGCCAAGCUCAUCUAGACCUCUGAGCCCUGGAAUCAAUAUAGUUGGCUCUACCACACGUGACAGCUUUACAUCUAAUCGCUGUUUUGCAUGCGGCCAACCAAUAGUACUUCCAUUUUCCAGCUCUCCACCAUCAAGUAUUGGGCAUAUAGCUCCUUCUUCAAACAGACGUACUUCUGACAGAUUUAUUAAACCUGCAAUUCCACCAACUAUAAUUAGUUCUGGUGGACCUCAAUCGUCGUUACCUAUUACUAAUACAUCUGCUGGCUGCCCAAUGGAUAUAGCUAAAACAUGAAGUGAUGAUAAAAAUGUUCAGAUAAAUUAACUUUUUAAUAGCCAACAAACAAAUACAAAAUAUUAUCGUCAUUGACAAACUGAAAACAUGAAGGCUCAUGUUUAAAAAAUCAUUAAUUCAUAAUUUGUUCAAUAGACUUUUAUACCACUGUAAAUCUUGGUGAAAUAUGUUAUUUGUAUGUUUUCUCAAAUUUUUGGAACGUUCUUGUGCUUUUUUAUACAGUUGUAAUUUUAGUAUAUCCAAACAAACAGACAAUAUACUUGCAUUGAUGCAAAUUCUGCUAUUGGUGAUAAUAGUAACAAUUCAUAUUACUCUAUCGCAAAAUGAAUUUCAAACUUUUAUAUUAAUUUAAUUAAUCUUGGUUUGGAUGUUUUGUUUUAGUUGAUAAAUUUCUAUAGAAAUGUAUUCGAAUUAUUUUUUUUAGGUUACGAAUUUUUUGAAAAAAAAUGUUAGCAAUCGUAGAAUGAUUUUAAAAAAAUGUUACUAUUAAUAUAUGUCAUACAAUAUCAAUAAAAAGUACCUAUAAAACUUACACUUCCAAAAGUAUC